AUGUUGAAUUGCAACCGGGAACUUGCUAAGGACUUUGGGAAAAUUUCACGGAAUUUCGAGGACACUUAUCAAACCUCCGCUCCGCAUUCCUUUUACCGGCCGCGUCUUCUAGUUUUCAAGGGCAUUUGUCAAAAUCAGCUGCCUUACCGAUCGACGGUUUGGGCUAUGUCCAAGAAAGGCGGAACCGCGAAGGGUAAGAAGAAUGUCCCCACAGAAAGUAGUGCCGCCGCUCCGAUCACCGGCCCCGUGCUGGUCGAUGCCAAAACCGGCAACUUGAUCGUGAAAAUAUUGGCCAAACCGGGCGCAAAGACUAGUGGGAUCACCGAUGUGAGUGAGGAAGGUGUUGGAUGCCAAAUCGCUGCUCCACCAAUUGACGGUGAAGCGAACACGGAACUGAUUAGGUAUCUGUCCAAGCUGCUGGAACUCCGGAAAAGUGAUAUUAGUCUCGAUCGCGGAUCAAAAUCUCGCCAAAAGACGAUCGUACUGGAUAAGGAUGGCUGUCGGUAUACGCGCGAGCAAUUACUUACGAUCUUCCGCUCCGAGGCUUCUUCCGGCUCUUAAUGACGAUGGUCCGCGGCAGACGUUCUCAAAAGUCUUGAACGAAUCGUACCAUUUCGUAUAUAGAUCAUAAUAUAU